GAGUGGUUGGCGUGUGUAUCGUAUCGGGAGACGUGAGAGCGAGUAAAAGCUAAGCCAAGUUGUUCAUCCUGCGUGUUCAAAAGCGGCCAGCUGGUGGCAGUGUGUAACAGCUACAUUCCAGUGCAGCGUUUUUACCACACGGCUGCUUGAGGAGAAAGGCAGCCAGAAGAGAACUGUGACAGGAGAGCUCAUUGUAAUUGAGACUGUUACACCAAGCAGAGCUUUUCUGAGGCAAACUGCCUGUCACUUUCCCUGGCUUUACGACACUUGACUCAAAGUAAAGUUGCAGUCUUGCUCAUCUGUUGCAUUCCCCCCACAAGGAAGAAGCUAUGUCUGAAGUGGGAAUCUGCAAAAGUUUGGCAGGUGGGGGUAGCCUUCUGGCCCCUAAGGAAGGCGGUGGGUGGCACCACCCUGUGGAGAGAGAGGAGCACCCAGUGGGAGAUGCCAACACUGUAUCCGAGGGCCACGACAAAGAAAGUGCCUACCAAAACCCAGGGCAGCUGGUCAAGGCAGAAGCUCAAGAAGACGAUUGGAAGGAGCUCGGCAAAAAGAGGCAUAGGAGACUCCGAUCUAAAAACAAGAGACGGUGGAAACCCUACGAUAAACUCACCUGGGAGGAGAAGAAGGAGCUCGAAGAGCGUCAAUCCCAAAGGGCAUCAAGGAUACGAGCAGAAAUGAUUGCCAAGGGGCAGCCUGUGGCACCCUACAAUACCACCCAGUUCCUAAUGGAGGACCACGAUCAAGAAGAGCCAGACCUGUGCCCCCCGCCGAGAAAGUCCUCCGCCGCUCUUCCCCUGGCCCUCAACAACUCGUCCUACAAAGGAGACAGCACAGACGAUGACUUGGAGGAAGAGGAAGACGAAGCGGGCAGCGACGGAAUGGGGGGCUACGAUGGGGAAGACUUUUUGCAGAAGGAUUUCUCGGAGACCUAUGAGAGGUACCAUGCAGAGAGCCUACAGGACAUGAGCAAGCAAGACUUGAUUAAAGAGUACCUGGAGCUGGAGAAAUGCUUGAGUCGGAUGGAGGAAGAGAACAACCACUUGAGGGUCCAGUCGUUGGCCAGCGCCCCCGCUGCUGACCACAGGGACACAAGGAUCCAGGAAUUGCAAGUAGAGCUUGAGAAGCUGAAGGAGGAGAACCAACGACUUCUUCAGGAAGGGAAGCAAGUGGCAGCAGACUCGCCUUAACACUGACCAUUCAAUGACUUGACUAAUGCCACUGAACUUUCAAAAGUCAAAAAUCAGGUCAACACUUUCCCUUACAACACCAUCAGGGGGGGCAGCUGGAACUACUAUUGGGGGGCAUUUUUUUAAAGGCCUGGACAUCAAUUUCCCCCCCCCCCUUUUGUAGCCGGACCCAUUAGGGUCUCUUGCUCCUGGGCAGGUAAGGCACUAUCUGGGCCCUGGAAGACCAUACAAAGGGCCUGCUCUGCUCAUGGGAGGCGGGGCCUGACUGCCUAGUGCUGAAUUUCUUAUUGUGGCCCUGGCUUGAAUAAGCAUAUUGCUGGCCUAGAACUGUCGUGGCUCUAUGCUAGGCCUCCAGAGUUUACCCACCCUUCUCUAAAAAAAAUCCAGUUUUUUUUUUAAUUUAAAAAAAAAAAAAUUGAAUUGUAACAUUCAAAAACAACACAAAUCAACUGGGGAAAAGACUUCCUUUUGACUUGAUCACAUUAAGACUUUUUUUUUGUUUUUUUUUUUUUCUUAUAGCAACUUUACAGUGUCUAUAUAUAAAUAUUAAGUAUACCGUUUUUUUUUAAAAUGAUGUUAUGAUUUCUUUGUCGGUUUGACUCCUUUCUGCCUAUUCUCUAAGCUCUCCCUGCAUUCUAACCUGUUUAAUGAUUUUUUUUUUCCAGUAUGAAACUUUUUAAUAAAUGUUUAAAAA